CUCUAUGUUUGUCAGUUGUCUAUGUCAUCUUAUUGAGUUUUUCAUCUUGUGCUGUGUGCUGUUGUAAACAUUCUGAAAUUGGUGGUUUUUAAUAAGAAAUAAGUGGUUUGUGCAUUGGUUUAGUAAACAAAUAGUAAAAUCUAUUAAGUGCAGUCUAUUUGUGCUAUAUUAUUGUUGCUGUGACAUAAAAGAAGUAACCUUAUAACUGCAGUGAAUACUUCUCGUACACCAUGGAAAACGAUGAAAUCGGUAAUGAUUUAGUGCGUUUAGACAAUGGAUAUCUUGUCGACGAAGAGAAUAACAUACGUUGCGAAUAUGUCGUAAACUCUGAUGAUGUGUUGGAUGAAGAGAAUAACUCUGAUUCAGGAAGCAAAAAUGCUCCUUUGCGGGAACAGGACAGGUUCCUGCCUAUUGCAAAUAUUGCUAAAAUAAUGAAAAGAGCUAUUCCUGAAAAUGGAAAAAUUGCCAAAGACGCAAGGGAAUGUGUACAAGAAUGCAUAUCAGAGUUUAUCUCAUUUGUCACAAGUGAAGCCAGUGAUCGCUGCCAAGUUGAGAAGAGGAAGACCAUCAACGGAGAAGAUGUCUUGUUUGCAAUGAAUGCACUGGGCUUCGACAACUAUGUGGAGCCGUUAAAGCUUUAUCUUAAGAAAUAUAGAGAGAUUGUAUUGUCUCCUGUCACAGUGACAAAGUUAAACAAACCAAUUAUAGUGUAUGGAGAAGACGGAUCAGCAUGUUUACGAGCUGAAAGUGAAAGUGAACAAACAACAGAUUCAGCAGUGCUGUAUCCCUACAAAGAAUUAAAAGUUAUCGACGAUUUUACCAUCUCAUGAAUCCAUAAACAGUACCUAGGUAUAAGAUUACCAAGUUUCAUAAAUGAUUAAUGGAAAUAUUAAACUCUAAUU